AUGUUCUACUCGGAGACGCUCCUCCAGAAGACCGGGCCGCUGGCCCGUGUCUGGCUGUCGGCCAACCUCGAGCGUAAGCUCUCCAAGAAUCACAUCCUGCAGUCCAAUGUCACGGACAGCGUCGAGGCCAUCAUCACGCCGAACCAGGCGCCCAUGGCCCUGCGUCUCAGCGGCCAGCUUCUGCUUGGUGUGGUCCGGAUAUACCAGCGCAAGACGCGAUAUUUGCUUGACGAUUGUAACGAGGCCAUGAUGAAGAUCAAAAUGGCCUUUCGAUCUAGUGGUAACAACGAUCUGGCUGCCAAUCUGCAAGUCACCAACCGCGAGGCUCUGCUCCUGCCCGAUCGCAUCACUCCAUACGACAACCUCGAGCUCCCUCCACCCCCGGAUGCUUCGUGGCUGCUGUCGCAGGUUGACGAUGUGUCGUCCACGCAGGUCGGUAGGAAGGGCCGCGUGAGCAACACUCGAGACAUCAACCUGCAGGAAGAUUUCGACAACAGCCAGUAUCUCCAGAGCGGCAUGACGCUGGAUGAGGACGCGCUCGCGCCCAUGGACGACCUUGAGCUCGAGCUGGACUUUGGCAUCGACAUGGACGGCGGCCCGAAUCACAGCAUUGAAAUGGGCCGAGACGCCCCGGCAGCUCGAUCAGUAGAAGAUGACGUCUUCAGCGAGCUGGACAUCAUGCCCCGUUCCAAGGAGGGUGCUGGGCCUGACGACACCACCAUGGCCCUGGACGGCGGCGUGAGAAUCGCAGACGACGAGGGCGACAUCCAGAUGGGUGACGACGAUUUCCAGUUCAACCCUGACGAUCAGUCUGCUGUGCCUGGACUGGCUGCCCUCGACAUCAACCGAGAGAGGAUUUCGGAGUCUCCCCUGUCAGACAUUGAUGAUCAGUUUGCCAAGGAAAUCGAGGAGGAGUAUUCCCGCCACGGCCACACAGAUCUCUACGAGCCCCAGGAAGACGCGGAAGACUCCCCCGUCAAGCGACCCGCACAGCGCCCCAGAAAGCAGCGCCUCAUGAUGCCAGACGAUGAAAUCGUGCUGUCCAGUACUCACAUCAAGCAGCAGCAGGCCCACAGGGAGAACAUCACCAAGCCGACUACGUUCCUCCCGCGCGAUCCUCUGCUGCUCGCUCUUGUGGAAAUGCAGAAGAACGGCGGCUUCGUGUCAUCCGUCAUGAUGGACGGCAGGAGCCAGGGAUGGGCACCCGAGCUUCGCGGCAUGCUGUCGUUGGACGUGGUGCGUGGCGCCAACGAUCUGAAGCGCAAGCGCGAUAGCGGUGUCGCCGAUGUGGAGAGCGAAGCGGGUGGAAUCAAGUCGCCUCGUCUCGAGCUGGGAGACGACACCGAUUUCACCAUUGAUGGAAACGCCUUUGGCAACCAGAGCGUGAACGCCGAUGGAACCAUUGUGGAGAUUCCCGCGGACCAGAGCGCAGUGCACUUUGACGAUGAUCAUGCGGACGGAGAGGGCAGCACUCUGAUGCCCGCGUUCGAAGACACGACGAUGCCGCUCGUCCACCCCGCCGACAGCGGCCCUGUCUCUGUUGGCACCAGACACGCUGUGCAUAUUCUGCGAGACCUGUUUGGCUCCGAGGCCGCCCAUGAUGCAGACAAGAGGAAGAAGUCGGCGGUCGUCUUCCAAAACCUGCUGCCUGAGAAGGAAACCACCAAAGCCGAAGCGACCAAGAUGUUUUUCGAGUGCCUGGUGCUCGCAACCAAGGACGCCAUCAAGGUCGAGCAGGGCUCAGGUCUCGGCGACCCCAUCAAAAUUCGAGGCAAGCGCGGCCUCUGGGGUGCCUGGGCUGAGCGAGAAGCCGGCGGCGAAAUUUCGAACCAAGACGAACCCGAGUCUGUUGCUCCCGCGAGUGUUGCGGCGGUUUCUGUCGAAGCAUAA